AUGACCCGUGUCCUUGUUGCCGGAGACUCAAUGUUGAAAGAUCUUGCAGGAUCUUUCACACUGGGCCCCUCGGUAGAUGUCGAGGUGCGCUCAUUCAGUGGUGUACGCAUCGAGAAGUUGUUUCCCUUGAUCACCGAUAGCCUGGCAAACGCGCACGUGGUGGUUCUUCAUGUAGGAACUAACAAUGUCGGCGAAGAACCACUCACGCGGAUUGCCAGGUUCCGGGCACUAAUUGAUCGCAUCAUUGAUGUCAACCCAUGCAUCCGUGUGGUGGUGUCUGCAAUUCUGCCGAGACAGACGAGUUUUCUCAAGUGCCGGUGGGCGCUAACUGCUCGGGAAUUGGAGACAUCCAACAGGGAUGCUAGGGAGACGAAUGUCAUUUUGCAGGCACUGUGCCACAAGAAUGGCUACAGGUACCUGGACAGCACUCGCGAGUUGUCGGGGAUGCUGAAGGCCGACGGCGUGCACCCGACGCCACGUGGUAGCCAGUUGCUGGGGCGCCUGCUGCGUCACACCAUCAGGAGUGUCAUUGAGGACAUCGGCAAGAGCCAUGGUGAGGUGGUGUGGCAGCACCAGGUCCAGGAGGAGCAUGAAGAGCUGCGCUGCCAGCAUGGUGACCAGUCUGAUGCGUUGUUACAGCACUGGGGAAGUGACAAGAACUUUCCUGUUCUUUGUUGUCACUCAGGAACUAAUGUAGCUCCCACAGGUUGCAGUGCCAAAAAGACAUGGGCAGCAGUAGUGCGCACGUCUUCUUCUGCCACUGUGCAGCACUGCACUGCUGUUGCAGUGACGCCCACAGUCACAGAAGCAGACCCGGUGCGUGCGUACCCCGCACUGUCGGCGACUGCUGGUGCAAGCACCAGGGACUUGACUGGUGCUGUUGCUGCACAGCCAGCAGGAAGGUGCCCUGUGCGUGCUCCUGCACUUGUUGGUGGUGUGUGGGUGUACCACAAGGCACGCAAGACCGUGCCAGCUACUGUGCCACCGCCCUCUGCAGCUGCUAAGCAGAGCCCAGCUUCUGGCCGUGGGACACUUGGUGCUUGCUGCACGACACCCAAAGUGAGCCCCCAGCCAGAAGCUGAAGUGCUAAGCGAGGGCAGUGCCACAGCAGCAAACAGCUCUUCUGGACCUUGUGGUAAAGGCCAAGGAGAGGUAAAGAAAGUAGACCAGAGCACAGCUGCAUCAAUGAAAGCUCAUGUAGCAAUGAACAGCAUGAAGGAGUGGCCUGCAUGUGCUCCUGCACUUGUUGGUGGUGUGUGGUUGCACCACAAGGUGCGCAAGACCGUGCCAGCUACUGUGCCACCGCCCUCUGCAGCUGCUAAGCAGAGCCCAGCUUCUGGCCGUGGGACACUUCAUGCUUGCUGCACGACACCGAAAGUGAGCCCCCAGCCAGAAGCUGAAGUGCUAAGCGAGGGCAGCGCCACAGCAGCAAACAGCUCUUCUGGACCUUGUGGUAAAGGCCAAGGAGAGGUAAAGAAAGUAGACCAGAGCACAGCUGCAUCAAUGAAAGCUCAUGUAGCAAUGAACAGCAUGAAGGAGUGGCCUGCAUGUGCUCCUGCACUUGUUGGUGGUGUGUGGUUGCACCACAAGGUGCGCAAGACCGUGCCAGCUACUGUGCCACCGCCCUCUGCAGCUGCUAAGCAGAGCCCAGCUUCUGGCCUUGGGACACUUCAUGCUUGCUGCAGAACACCCAAAGUGAGCCCCCAGCCAGAAGCUGAAGUGCUAAGCGAGGGCAGCGCCACAGCAGCAAACAGCUCUUCUGGACCUUGUGGGCAUGCAACUCCGAGAGGACAGAAUAUUCGGCCCAAUCAGCGCUUCAAUGGGACAGGAUGUAAGGUUGAACUAAGACUUGUGCUGCGGUCUAUGCCACAGCCAUACUAUGAAGUGCUGAACAUAUCAGAGGUGCACAACCACAAAACAGGCCCUGAAAUUUAUGUAUGGUAUGCUAUGAAUCGUGCACUAACUGCUUCAGAAAAAGACCAACUUAAAGAUUUAAUUUCCUGCAAUGCAACAUCGAAAGACAUUAAGGAAGUUGUUCUGGAAAAAACUGGAAAAUUCAUUACUUCACAAGAUGUCAGAAACUUAAGGCAUGCAACAGUUAAAAAAAUAAAGGACAGUGCACAUCAUGGCGCGCUUCUGCUAGAAAAAAUAAAUAAAUUGUUUUCCGAAAACACUGGGUGGAAGGUGCAUAUAGAAAAAAAUGCAGAUAAUGAUCUUUUGUACAUAUUGCUGCAGUCGAAGCAUAUGGCCCAGUUAGCUGAAAAAUACCCUGAAGUAUUGUUUUUUGAUGGCACCUAUAAAGUAAAUAAAGAGGGGUAUAUCUUGCAUUCGGUUCUGUGUGAGGAUGGAACUAGCCAUGGCAGGCCCGUGUGUUAUGCAUUUGUUCAGCGGGAGACAUCUGAAAUAUUAAAGUCUUUCCUGGAGACAUUCCUGUGUUUGAAUCCUGUUGUAAAGAACAAGUGCAAAGUUGCAGUAAUGGACAAAGAUCUAAACGAAAUGAACAUAAUUACUCAGCUUCUGCCUGAAUGUAGGAUAUUGUUGUGUUCAUGGCAUGUACUAAAAUAUUUACACACCAAAGUUAUGCAACAUGAUUCAAAAAGCAUUGAUAAAAUGAGUGUAAAAGAUGUCAUUACCAAACUGGUUUUUGCACACACUGUGGACAUUUAUAAAGAGAACUUACUAAAUUUGGAAACAUUACUUAAGGAUGACAGAACCCUUCUGGAGUUUUUUUACAAAAACUGGCACAGUUGCAAGAGCAUGUGGGUUCAUGCUUAUCGUUCUAAUGUGCACAGUUUAGGAAAUAAUACUAAUAAUCGGAUGGAAAGUCAUAAUCAAAAGCUCAAGAGAUAUUUAAGGCGUGAAAUGCACUUGGUUGAAGCAGUGAAAGCUUUGGUAGGUUAUGUUACCCAUGAUGCUCUUUCAGUUAGCCAUGCCCAGUACAGAGAAACAAAGUUGUGCAUUGACACCAGCAAGACUGACACAUUUUACACGGAAGUUUCAGCAAAAUGUACAGAGUAUGCUAAAAGACUGGUAUGUAAAGAGUACGAAACAUACAAGAAAAAUCCAGGAAAAUGUUCAGCUUCUGGUGACAAACACGUUGUUUCUGUUAACAAUAAAUGCUAUGAAGUUAGCGAUAGAAUGAGAGCCUGCAUAUGCACAUUUAACAUGCAGUACAAGCUGCCUUGCAGGCAUAUUUUUGCUGCUAGGUCAGAAGAAAACGAGAAACUUUUCGAUGAGUGUUGUGUACCACAGCGCUGGCUGAAAUCUGAUUUUGUUGACACUGAUCUGACAAUGUCGACAGACAAACUAAACAUUCUCACAACGAGCAUAACAAAAAAGGCACAGCCAAAGCUUGAUACUCCAGAGGCUAGAUAUAAAUAUGUAUAUGCACGGCUCUUAGAACUCUCAAAGGCAACUGCAAACAUAUUAGCACAGUAUAGUGAAACUGAACUUAAUGAAAAGCUGGGAGUGUGUGAGGAUUUCUUUCACAACCUUGUGACUUAUUCUAGAAAUAAGAAAGAGCAUUCAACAUUUGAUGAAAUGGCACAAAGCAGUGAACAAGAAAUUAGUAUACAGGAAGAUGUAGAAAGUGAAGGAGAACUGAGCAUUUCAAAGAGUGAUGUAGACCCGGAUGACGGCAUUCCAGUGAAGUCUAUAAAUGAUAACUCCACUGAUAAAGACUGCAUUGCAGAUGAAUCACAAGACCUACCAGAUGUAAAUAACUGUACAAUAGUCUCACAUGCUCAAAAAAUAUGUCAGGCUCUUGCGAAAGGAUCAGACCCAAACCUCAUGCCUAGUAGUAAUGCUGCUCAGCAGCUAACAGUGCUUAGCAUCCCUCUUGUUCAAUCAGCUCGUGGCCGACCACGUAAGAGAAGACGCGUGGAUCAUACAAACCAAAGAGAAAAAAAAAGGUGUCUAACUGUUUCUGACAACUCUAAAUUUAAACAACAGGCCUCAUUGCCAGAUGUUUAUAGCAAAACAGCACAAGGAUGUAUUGAUAACAUUGCUGAAGCUAUUUGUGAAUGA